AUGAAGCCCAUGAGAUCUGUCGGUAGAUUACUGUUUUUCAUUUCUUUUAUUGCAUUACCUGUGAAUGCAAUUAUAGGAGGGAGUGACGCAUCCCCGGAUAGUGCACCAUUUGCAGUCGCCCUCAUCUCGAGUACCUUGUUCGGUGACACUUAUCUAUGUGCAGGCUCCUUGAUCAGCCCAAAGACUGUUCUUACUACAGCUGGCUGUGUCGAUGGAUCUUCGGCAUCUUCGCUAAAGAUACGAGUGGGUAGUCUCGAGCACGCUACUGGGGGCAAAUUGAACCAGGUCAUCAAAGUCAUCAAACAUCCCAACUAUAACACCAACACCCGGGAUUCCGAUUUUGCCGUCCUCCAUCUCACGUCCUCGGUUACCGAUAUCGAGCCUGUGGCGAUUGCCAAGCAGUCCACACUUACAGGGGCCCCUGUAACCCUCUACGGCUGGGGAAAGACAGACAAGUUGUCGAAUAAAAAUCCUCGCACACUGCAACAGCUCCAGACCACUUUCAUCUCCUUUGAUGAUUGCGACAAGCCAUGGUCAGACCUAUAUCUUCUGACUCACAACAUGAAUUGUGAUGCGGCGCCAGAGACGAAACAGGGCUCAUGUUCCCAGGACCAAGGAGGUCCAGUUGUUGAUGAAUCUGGAGAGCUGGUGGGCAUUAUAGGACACUACAAUUACUGCGAGCCGUCGUCAAAUGGUCGUCCUGAUGUCAAUAACGACGCUUUAAGUGCAAAUAGCUGGAUCGCUCAAAAUACUAUCUGA